GCCGGCGUCUUUCGGCACAUGGCGGGUAUUUCUCGCCGUUAAUUGUUAAAGUCGUGCCGGCAGUGCAGCCGUCGGCGUCAUGUUGACGGAUAUUCUGGACGUGGAGGAGAUAGAGCUCCUCGCUGAAGCCAGCAGGGCCAAGCUCGAGAGCUACGUCUCUCUGAACACAAAAACCACCGAAGAGUUGCGUGAGGAAAACGCACAACUCAAGGCGCGAUGCGAGCGCAGCUCGUUCCAGUUGGAAGCAGCGCUCUCUGAGCACCGUGCCCAGGUCACUGCACUUGAAGAUGCCUGCGAGAGGGCCAAGCAGCAGGCAGCACAGCUCGCGUCUGAGCUGGGCACCUGCCGAGUGGAACUGGAAGGGGCCAAGGCGACGACUGCGGCCACCAAGGCUGACUUGGAGCUGAGCAAGAGGAACCUGGAGCAGGUGACGAAGGAGAAGCUGGAAUUGCUGCAGGCCAUGGAGAAGCGUACGCAGGAGCUGUCCUCACUCAAUGGGCAAGUGGAGUCGCUACAGUCCGAGCUGAGCAGCAGCCAGCAGCAGCAGCGCGAGCAGGCGGUGCGCCUCGAGGAGCUUCAGUUGCAGCUGCUCAGUGCACAGCAUGCGGAGAAGCGUCUUCAGCAAGAACGGGAGCUGAUUCAGGCCCAAGUCGAAGAGUUGCGAGAGGAAGCCUCUGCUCACCGACAGGAGGCAGCUCAGCUGCGCCGCAGCAAGGCGGGCCUCACCCUCGACCUACAGGCACAGCUAGACCACCAGAAGGAGCAGGUAAGCUCCCUGACCAGACAAUUGGAGACCUGGCGUUCGAGUGUGGCUGAGAUGGAGGAGAGGUCGAGGACAACGGCCACCCUCCUGGACGAAGCUCGGGAGGCGAAGGCCAACCUCGAGGCUCACUUCCAGACCGAGCUGCAGGCACAGCGGAGACUAGUCGACAUGCACAAGGAGCUGUCGGAGAAUCGGCGGCAGCGCAUCGACGAGCUGGUGGCCACGCUGGAGGAGAUGCAGGCGCUGCUGCUGGAAACACGGGCUGCGGCCGAACGCUCUCAGGAGGCCCUGAAGGAGUGCCAGGCCAGCCACGAAGAGGAGCUGACGAAGAAGGAGGCCAUCAUCGAAUCACUGCGCAAGGAGCUGCAUCUGGCCAACUGCCUGCUCGAGGGUAAAGGCAGCGUUGUGGAGAAGCUGUUCCCUGCCGCACACGUGUCGGGCCUGGCGCGGGAAUCCGGACUGAGCCUGACGGAGCUGCUGUCGGAGCGGCUGGAGCAGCAGCGAGCGCUGACACAGGCCAUCCGCGAGAAGGACGCACUGCAGCAGCAGCUCAACGAGCUUUCCCAGGAGUUGGCCGACAAGGUUCCCAUAGUGGCACGACACAUGCAGGAGUACGAAAAAGCCGUGUCCUGCGUGGCGACAUUGAGGGAGCAGCUGACCGGUGCCCUGGUUGAGCAAGAGCAGCGGGCGCAAGAGCGGGACGAGGCACGAGCUGCACUUGCCCAUGCUCAGCGUGAGCUUCGUCGGUGGCAGCAGCAAGCGAAGGACCUCUCGCGGCAGGUGUGUCAGCUCAUACGAGAGGUGGAGGACGCACGCGGUGGUGGUGUUCCUCUGUCGCAGGAGGAAGUCAGCUCUUCUAACGAUGAUGCCUCGCCUCCGCUCACUGCCUCUGAAGUCAUCUCCAAGCACCUCGUCACGUUCAGGAACAUUGAGGAGCUGCAACAGAAGAACGCAGAGCUGUUGGCUGUGGUGCGAGAACUGAGUGAGAAACAGGAGGAAGAAGAGAAGAAGGCCGCCGAGGAGAGGAGUUGCGAGUUGCGAGAGAAGCUGGAAGCCGUGAUGGCCCAACUGCAGGAGCUGGAGCAGGAGCGCAACCGCCAGAUGGCACUGGUGGCAUCGACGACGCGCCAGCGCGACAUGUACCGCGCCCUGCUCACCAGCAGCGGCCGCAAGGACAUUGAGCUGCCCACACCGAUGGAAGAUGAAAGUGUCUUCGAGCCGCACGCUGCAUCGACGCCGGCUGUGAGUGGUAAGCGCACGCCCGACAAGCCGCUUGGCAAACCAAGCAGGGCGGUGCCACAGGACCCCAAGGCUGCCCUGGCCGAACUCCAGCAAGAGUUUGACACCUACAAGAAGGAAAUGGCCGAGAACCACAGAAUGGUGACGGAGCAGCUGUCGACAGCCCGAGAGGAGGGCCUGCAGCUGCGACUGGACGUGGCUCGGAAAGAGGCCGAGCUGAAGCACGUGCAGGAGCGGCUGAAGCUGGCUCAGGACAGCCUCGAGCCGCUGAGGCAGGAGGCCGCAACACUACGCGAGCGCUCGCACCACUUGGGCGACACCCUGGUGCAACACCAGCAGGCACUGACUACCCUGAGACAGGAGCUCUCAUCAGCACAGGAGGCGGCGUCCCGCGCCGAGGUGCUGCUCGAGAGCGCAAGGGCCGAGCGCGACCAGCUGCGUGAAACAAACCUGCGAUUGGAGCGUGACCUGGCGUCGCUGCAUCAGGAAAAAGGGUCCCAGGCGCGCAUACUAUCCAACCUGCAGACGCUGCAGCUCAACUUGGAGCGUAUGGAUUCGGAGCGCAACGCUGCUGACCUGGCCAAGAUGGCUCAACUGGAGCUUCGGUGUGAGUCACUGCAAAGACAGCUGGAGGCACAGGCGGAGCAGCAGACUUCGUUGGCAGCCGCCUGGGAGCGACAGCUGCGUGAGGCCCAGGAGCGUGCCGCAGCGGAGGCGGAGCGUUCACGCAAGUCCACAGAUGAGCUGGUUGACGCUUAUGCGCAACUCCAUCAGGCUCGACAAGAACUCUCUGAGAAGCAGUCGCAUCAAGCACGCAGCGAAGACGCAGCCGAGUCAGCAGAAGUGAGCUCUCUGAGGAGCCUACUGACCAAGACCCAGGAGAAGGUCAAAGAGCUGCAAGCCGAGCUGCAAGCAGUGCGGCAGCACUCGGAGUCCUUGCAAGCGGUGUGCUCUCAGGCUGAAGCACGCCUUGCCGAACAGGACACCCUCAGCAGUCACGUUCAAGAGGCCUUAGAGCAGGCUCAGCAAGCUAAGAGUGAACUUGAGGACAAGGUGGCCCGGUUGGAGCAGCAGUGCCAUGAGCUGGCCAAUGAUAAAGUGCGCCUGCUCGAGGAAAACAAGGCCAAGGUUGAAGAUCUGGAAAAACAACUUGCGGCCAUGCGCAACGAGCUGAUGGAAGCGCAGAGCAAGGUUGCAGACCGAGCCCGGAGGGACGCCGAGCACGUGCUUGACCAGGACGUGCAGCUCUCGCUGGCCAAGCAGGCUCAAGAGAAGUACGAACGGGAAGUCCUGCUGCAUGCGGCUGACAUUGAAGCCCUCUCGGCAACAAGGGCAGAGCUGGAUCAGGUGCGACAGGAGAUCUCCCGGCUGGAGCAGCAGGCCAAGGGCGCCGAGGAGACACUGACGGCAGCCCGCGAGUCCUGGUCCCAGCAGGAACAGCAGCUUCGCGCUGAGAAGGACGCGCUGGCCAAGCGGGUCGAGGAGCUGUCGCAUCAGAACUCUCUGCUGCAUCAACAGAUGGAAAUGCUGAGCUCACAGGUGGCAGUGCUGCAGCAGAAGACGUGGCCCGAUGCACCGGUUGCUGACGGUGCAGCGGCUGGUGCUGCUGUCAGUGGGGACCGCAGCAUGGAACAGCUCCGCGAGGUGGUCAACUUUCUGCGCCGCGAGAAAGAGCUGGUGGCGGCACGGGCAGAAGCGGCCGAGGCUGAGUGCGCACGGCUCACCGUCCAACUGGAGCAUCGGUCUGCCAGUCUCCGGCAAGCGCAGCAGGAACUGCGCACCGAGCACGAGCGGGCACUGGCACGUGCCACGAGCGAUGCGCAGCACGCGGAGCUUCUCCGCAAGGUGGAGAUGGUGCAACUGCUGACGGAGAGCAACCGGGCACUGCGAGACGAGCGCACGGAGCUGGUGGAUAGCAAGCAGCAGUUGGAGGAACGGUGCGCGCAGCUCGAGCGGGAGUUGGGACCCCUCCGCGACGAGGUCCGCACCCGCGCUGCCCAGGCGGAGGCCUUGCAGGCGGACGUGGGCUUCCUGCGGACGGAGGUGCAGCGCUGGCAGCAGCGCACCAACCAGCUGCUCGAGCAGUCCAGCCGCACCGACCCUGAGGCCUUCCGAAAGCUCGCGGAGGAGAACACCAACUUGAAGCGGGAGGCGCACAACCGCGGUGAGGAGCUGGUCGCCGUCAAGCGGCAGUUGGCGACGUACCGGGAUGAGGUGGCGGACUACAAGCAGCGUCUCAACGCAGCCGCGGAAGAGACCAAGGCGGUGCGUGCCGAGCUCUCGUCGCAGAUUGCCGCGUUGCAGAGGGACACUCAAAAGGAGCUCCAGGCCGUCCGUGCGGAAGCCGAUCUGCUGAAGGCCGAGGCUGAGAAGGCGGCCACCGAGCUUCAAGCGCUCCGCGCGGACAAGGAGGAGAAGCUGAAGACCAUCGUCCAGGUGAAGAAGAUAGCGCGCCACUACCGCAGUCAGUUUGAGGAGCUGAAGUCCUCCAAGGAGUCCCUGGAGAAGCGCUGCUCCGAGCUGGAGGAGGCCCAAACAAAGGCCGAGACCGAAGGGGCACAGGCACGCUCCGACCUGGACGCCAGUGUGCGCCAGCUUCAGGAGCGCCAGACCAGCCUCACCCAGGAGCUGGACCGUGCCAAGGCCGAAAGCGUGCAGCUUGCUGCCGAGAAGGAGCAGGCAAACAGUGCGGCCAGCCAGGCCAAGGGCCUCAUCGUGCAGGCACGCAAGCGCAUCGCCGACUUCAACACCAAGAAUGAAGCCCUGACCAAGGAGAACCAGACCCUGAAGCAGAACCUCGAAGGUCUCAACCAGCGCAUCGCCUCCAUGGAGCAGUUGAAACAGGAGAGUGCGUUGCGGGAGAGCAGCCUGCGGUCGCAGUUCGAGGGUCGGCUGCUGCGCCAGGAGAAGGAGAUGCGCGACACCCGCGAGGCCCUCGACAGGGCUCAGCGACAGGUGGACGAACUCACCCAGAAGCUGAAUCAACAGCAGCAGAAGCAAGCUAAACCUACCAUGGUAACUGCACCUGUGGAGAGGACAGGUGGCCAUGGGAGUGGCGCACCCAGCGAGCCGGUCACGGCCAACGUGCGGCCGCUGACGCCACCGGCACAGAGUGCAGCCGUGCUGCAGCGCCCAGGACCCAGCGUGGCACGGCUUACCCCUACUGCUAGCAUCCGGCCCAUCACCCAGGCUGCCCGCCUCGCCACCGUGGCACCGACCGCAGCCUUGAGUGCCGCAGCUGCUCCACCUCCAGAGGUGGAAGUGCAGAGUCCAGCAGUAUCAACAGCGCCCACUCUGGUGACAGCAGCCGCGGUGCCCACUGCGGCAACCUCUACAUCGGUGUCCACUGCGGUGUCCUCAGCGGUGUCUGCAUCAGUCGCUGCCGCGGUGACUCCCUCACCUGCCGUGCAGCAAGCCGAGGUGCAGCCAGCGACGGUGGUUGUGGCACCUGUUCAGGAAGCGAGCUCAGCAACACCCGAUGUCUCGUUGCCCGGAACAGACUCUGGUGUUGAACUCGUGGUGCCAACCAGUACGGUGUCGGUCACCGUCACGCCGUCGGCACAACCGGCGGAGCCCAGCACUGCGGCUGGUAUGUGUGGCAUCGUCUGCACAUCGCCACCUAGACCGAUGGGCCCAUCGUCGGCCUCUGGAGCAGCCGGAGCACACAAGCGGCCGCGGGAUGUGGACCAGGAGCCAUCCAGCUCGGACACACAAAGUAGCCUGGGGUCAACCGCACCACGAUCCGAGUCCCCGCUCUCCAAGAAGCUCAAACCCUCCAUGAGCACGGCCGAGGUCAUCUGCACCCAGGAGGCAUCACCAUUGGUCGAACCAAUCGAGGAAGGUGUGUCGAGUUCUCUCGCCGGAACGAGUGCGGAAGAGCCGCAGCAGUCUAGCACGGUGGACGAUGUCAUUGUCGUCGAGAGCGAUGACGAGGUGAUUGAAGAGGAGCCGCCAAAGACUGAACAGUUGGAGGGGGCUGAGUCUGGCAUGGAAGACGAUUACGAGGACGAAGAGAUGAAUGUGACGUGUGGUGCGAGUCGCGGACCCGGAGAAGUGGAUGUGCCGGAAGAGGACAUGGCAGAGCCGGAGUCGCUGGACGACGCUGAGCGGGAAAUGGACGAUGGCAACGAGAUCGAGAUCGUAGACCUCGGUGACGACGCGGCGAGGACAACGAAAUGGAGGAGCCUCUGGCCGAGGAAGAAGACGUGCAGCCUGCUCGGCCGUGCCCGUCGAGGCGGAGGAAGAGCUCCAGCCAGCCGUCAACACUUCCUCCGCCAACGGAGGUGCCACGUCUCUGCUGGUAGCGCCUGUUGCUGCAGCAGCAACAGCACAGGCCCUCCCUGCUGCCCCGAGUGCGCAAUGAACGUCCUCCCGUCGAUGUCCGUAUAA